AACGUAAAAAAAAAAAAAAAAAAAGAAGAAGAAGAGGAAUAAGAAAACCAAAAGGACAGUAACAGAAGCGUCAAAUAUUUGUCACAAAAUAUGGAAAUACGACGACCAGGAGAAAUGUCGAAUCCAAAAAACAUCAUCGUUGGAGGACAAGUUCGUGAAGGGACGAGGGUCGUUCUAAGGGAAAUCACAGCCAUGCUUCACAAUUCCCCGCCAACACAAACUUCUCCUCGUCGUAAGGAUCAUCUAAAAAUUAAGAUUGGAAACGACACAACCAACAACACUUUCUCCAAGGCUGCAGCCGAACACGAGGUGAAGGUGCGUUUCGCGCGUGAAUUUGCGGAUGCUGACUUGGUGACGUAUUCCACACCGGAAAGUUUCUCUUCAGAGAGCAGUUAUUACAGUAUCGGUAGUAUUCAAAGUACCAAAACCAGUGGUAUCAAUUCUGAUAUCGAUGACAACACCAAUUCUCCACUAUACAAGGUCUCAGACACUUCCUAUGUGGACAGUAAUAUACCUGGUGUCAAUGAUCUGAUUCGUGCCUAUGCAGAUAUUCAACUCGAUUGUAAUACAGAAGAAGUCUCAUCUUGUAAUUCUAUUUAUGAAUCACCCAAUGACACUUUGAUUCAAACUUUCAACUCAGCCAUCGAUGAUACUGAUGUUUUCAUAGAUGAGAAAACACCUAUCAAUGGUCAUUUAAAUGAGACAUGUACGCUAGAAAAUGGUUCAGCAACACCUGUUAUUAUUAAUCCUUCUCAAACAGAAGAAGAAUUACUUGUAGAUCAUUUAACUUGUAAUAAUACAUCUCAAGAAUCUUUACACUUGAAAACAGAUAUAUCUUUUACGAAGGAAGACAUUGCUGGCAAUGUAGAAGAAAGUAAAGAGGAAUUAAAAGAAUAUCAAGUUGAAAGUGUACAACUUACUUUAGAAACAUCUACACCAAGAUCAACUACUCCUGUUGAUUGCAGUAACAACGUAGAGGAAGACAAAGUUGAACAUUUAUGUAAUAAUAUCAAUGAUAAGGAAACAGAUACGUGUAAUAAAAUCACACAAGAAGUUGAUUUAAGUAAUACAGACAAAAGUGAAAUAGAUACAACAAAUAAUACUUGUAUUAUUGAUCAAAUAGUUACCAAUAUUGUUAAUGAAAAUAUUAAAUCUGAUGAUAGAGAUGAAAAUAAAACGGAUAGAAAUAACAUUGAUGUAAUAAAAAAUAAUAUAAAUGAACAUGAAAUUGAUAAAACAAUUAAUAUAGAUGAUAAUAACAUUGAUACGACUAUUAAUGUAGCUGAUCAUGAAAUUGAUACAACUAUUAAUAUAGAUGAAAAUGAAAUUGAUACGACAAUUAAUAUAAUACAUGAGCAUAAAAUUGAUACGACAAUUAAUAUAAAAGAAGAUAAAACAGAUGUAACAUUUGAAAGAAAGGAAGAUAAACAAAUCGAUACAACUGACAAAUUAUAUGAACAAUUGAUUAAUACGAAAUUAAAUGUUAAUGAUAAUAAAUAUGAUGUAACAUUUAAUGUAAAUGAAAAUAAUAAUAAUAAUAAUAAUAAAAUCGAUUCAACUAAUAAUGUAAAUGAAAGUGAAGAAACAGAAUUGAAUGAUUUCAAUCAAACUAAAACAGAUAAAAAUAAUAAAGUAAACGAGGAAAAUCUAAUUGAAAAGAAUAUCGAUGAAUUAGAUGGUGUUGAUGAUAAUAAUAUCAAAAGUACAAGUAAGGAUGAAAUAUUGGAUGAAACGUUAACUUUAACUGAUGACAUUUUCUUAAAUAACGAUCCCAUAAACGAAGUUGAACACAUUGAAUUUAAUUACGAAGAAUUUAAACCACAAAGACAGAGUACUACAUUGACUAACAAAAAUGAUGAUAAUGAUAAUGAUGAUAUCUGUUGUUCUUUGGAAAAAUUAGAAUUAGCGGCAGGAGAAAUUGCAGAUGACAUUUUAAAAUCACCUUUAGAAUUUGAAGAUGAUAUUUCUAAUCCAGUGUUAGAAAUAUUCCAUGAUCCGACGACUUUUGAUUUUCUUUCGGCAAGAGGAAAUUCAGAAAGUUCAAAUCGCCUUAGGAAUGAAUCCUUGUUUGUUAAAUUUGAUCCUUUGUUAGCAAACACCAGUAUGUUACCUCAAGGAAAUAGUCAAGUUUUUAGUACUCCUACCAGCGGUACGAUACACAAAUUAGAAGAGAUUCAAGACAAAAAUGAUGAACCUUUACAAGUAACUAAAUCUGAUACGAAAGAAGUGGAAAAUAUAGACGGAACGGAAAAAUUGGAUUUAUUACGUGCAACUGUGUCACAAUUGGAAAAAGAAUUGGAAAAACAGAAAACGGAAUAUGAAUGUAAAUUGGAAAAACAAAAGGCAACUUCUCAAGAAAAAAUCACAAAAUUGCAAGCUCAAUUGAACGAAGAAAUUGAGAAUAAAAAUCAAUUAGCAGUUGUCGUAGACGAAUAUGAAAAGUCGAUAAGUCGAUUAUUAACUGAAAAGGAAAGAGAUCAUGCUAAUUUGGAGCAAGAAAAAGCUCGAAUACAAGAAGAGCUUCAAGCUACUAAUCUUCAUCUUAGCAAUACCGAAGCUGCAUUUAAUGACGUUCAUUUGAAAUAUGAAAGACUUAAGGGUGUCGUUUCAGCUUAUAAAAAUAACGAAAGUGUUUUGAAAGAGAGUAUACAAGAAAACUUAGAAACGAUCAAGUCAUUAGAAAAUCGUUACGAUCAAUUGAAAACUCAUGCCAUGUCGCAAUUAAGAAAGGCUAAUUUGGAAUUAGUGGAUAUACAAAAACAACACGAAUCCGAGACGGUAAAAUUACACGCGAUGGUGAGAAAAGCAGAAUUGAAGAGUAAUUCACUAGCUGAGAUAGUUGAGCAAAAAACGAAGGAAAACAAAGAACUCACACAGAUAUUAGAUGAAUUGAUUGCUAGGGUUGGUGGUCGUCAAAAUGCAGAAUAAGAAUAAGAAGCAGGAGAAGGCGGAGGAGGAGAAGGAGAACUAACAAGAAUUUUAUAAUAGAAAUUAAUUUAAUAUAUUCUCCUGAAAUACCACAUCCCCCUUGUCGCAAUUAGUCUGUAUUAGUCUUUCUUUAUUUCUUCCCUCUCUUUAUUAGUCUUUAUUUUUUUACUCGCCUUAAUCAUAUUAAAUAUAUAUAUAUAUAAAGAACUUACGCUAGAUAUAUCACUAAAGCAUAUAUUAAUCUAUUUAUCGAUAUAUAU